GCGCAGCAGCGAGCACCAAGCAGAGCAGGGGAGAGAGCAGAGCGCCAGCAGCCGUCCGAUCCUUCGCCGCAAAAGCAAGAGGCUGAUCCGAUGGCUCUCGCUCUCUCCGGCUCUUCCGCGCUCCGCACCGCCCUGUCCACGCUAGCCCCGAGGGCCUCGACCACCAGGGGCUACGCGGUGUCGGCGGCGUACGGGGCCAUGCGGCGGGCGGCUGCGGCCGCGGAGGGUGCCACUGCGGGGGAGGCCAAGGAGGCCGAGCGCGGCGCCGCCGCCGAGAUCUCGGGCAUCCCCGACCCCGUCACAGGCCACUACCGCCCCGCCAACUAGGCCGCCGCCGCCGACCCCACCGA